CAUUACUUGCUGCAUAUUUCCAGAGUAGAAAGCAAAGCAACAAGAAAUGGUAUACGGACAAGUAUGAGAAGACUUGGACAAGGACAUGCCUAAGCAACUACAAGUAGCCCAGCUCCACUGCAGAUUGUAAACAGACAAACAAAUGCAUUCAACUGCGCCAAAAAAAAUCCACACUGCAGGAUCCACAAAACACAGUUGUAAACAUGCCUAGCAAAAGGAUUGUGUUCUUCAGCCUGCUCAUGGGCCUUAGCCUUGCUGUGUGCAUUACUGGUAGUGGGGAUGACCAAUUCGUCUACUCUGGCUUCAAUGGCAGCAACCUUACUCUUGAUGGUGCUGCUAACAUCACACCAAGCGGCCUUCUUGAGCUGACAAAUGGUGCAUACCCAACCCAGUACUUGGGACUCUUCAACGACCAGAAUAAUGGCGCCACAAGCAACCACAUCUUUGCAAUUGAGCUCGACACUGUCAAAAACUAUGAUUUACAAGACAUCAAUGACAAUCAUAUUGGCAUCAACAUCAACAAUCUCCACUCCUUAGAAUCCCAUGAUGCUGGCUAUUAUGAUGACAAAAGUGCUAUCUUUCAGAGAUUGGUACUCAUUAGCCACAAGGUGAUGCAAGUGUGGGUGGACUAUGAUGCAGAGGCCACACAAAUCAAUGUAACCAUGGCUCCCUUCAGAGUGGCAAAGUCUGUGAGGCCACUGAUCUCUACCACUUAUAAUCUGUCGAUGGUGCUCACCAGCCCUGCAUAUGUUGGCUUCUCAUCCUCUACAGGCACAGUCACUGCACAACACUAUGUGCUUGGCUGGAGUUUUGGCAUGAAUACUCUCCCUCCACCCAUUGACACUACCAAACUGCCUAAGCUGCCUCGUCUUGGUCAAAAGGCUCAGUCCAAGGCAUUGCAGAUAAUUUUACCGGUAGCAAUUGUGGUCCUCCUCUUUGUAGCCGGAACUACCAUUUUUCUACUUGUGCGGAAGAAUCUAAGGUAUGCUGAACUCCAUGAAGAUUGGGAGGUUGAGUAUGGGCCACACCGAUUCUCAUACAAGGAUCUGUUUGAUGCCACAGAAGGUUUUAAAGAUAAAAAUCUACUUGGCAGUGGAGGGUUUGGAAGUGUUUUCAAAGGGGUGCUCCCAGUAUCCAGAUUUGAUAUUGCUGUCAAGAAGGUGGCACACAACUCAAAUCAAGGAAUUAAGGAAUUCAUCGCAGAGAUUAUUAGCAUAGGUCACCUUCAACACCGCAAUCUCGUGCAUUUACUGGGAUAUUGCCGCCGAAAAGGUGAACUUCUAUUAGUAUAUGAUUAUAUGCCAAAUGGAAGCCUGGAUAAAUACCUAUAUGGUAAAGAGGGAAAGGCUACUUUGGAUUGGGGUCAGAGGUUUAAAAUUAUCAAAGGAGUAGCACACGGUUUACUCUAUCUUCAUGAGGAAUGUGAGAAAGUUAUCAUACAUCGAGACAUUAAGGCAAGCAAUGUGCUUCUCGACAAUGAGAUCAAUGGGCGAAUAGGUGACUUUGGUCUCGCAAGGUUGUACGACCAUGGAAGUGAUCCAGAGGCCACACAGGUUGUUGGCACCAUAGGGUAUCUAGCUCCAGAGCUUGCACGCACCGGCAAAGCAACCCCUCUUACCGAUGUAUACGCCUUUGGCAUGUUCAUUCUUGAGGUCACCUGUGGGACAAAGCCUAUCAACAAAGACACAGAUAUGCACCUCAUGUUAGUGGACUGGGUGAUUGAACAUUGGCAUAAAGGGUCUCUCACUGAUACAGUGGAUAUCAAGCUUCAAGGCGAAUAUGAUAUUGAUGAAGCACGCUUAGCACUAAAUCUGGGAUUAUUAUGCUCUCACCCAUUUACAAAUGUAAGGCCAACUAUGAGGCAAGUCAUGCAGUACCUCAACAAGGACAUGCCAUUACCGGAGUUAAUGCCAACACAUUUAAGCUUAUGUAUGUUGGCCUUGAUGCAGAACGAAAGGUUCAACCCUUGCAUCGCAUCACAUCAUUCAUCAGCAACAAGCUUUGGAACGAUAUCUAGCCUCUCAAGCGGGAGAUGAGUAGAUGGGACACAUUUCCUUCAAUAUUUGUAUUUAUGUAUGUCCUUGCUCAUAUAUUGCAACUGGAGGGCAGACAAUAGUUGUUUUUAUUUUGAAAUUACACAGGUCAUGUAUACAAAUGAUGUACAAAAACAAUCGAAUCAAAGAGGAGCACAAAAAUAAA